UUUCUCUCGGUUCCUUAACAUCACCAUCACCGAUUGUGUAUUUGCCUUAGGCAUCUCCGUGGCUUCUUUCCCGAAAUCUCAACAGCAAAGAUCGGAUUUUAGAACUACCCUUUAUUUCUUUGGAAGCUUUUACCAUCGAAAGCUUGCUCCUUUAUCUUUUUCGUUGCGAUAAUGGGUCCCGGUUCGAGCUCUCCGUCGGCGAGAACGGGUCCGGAAUCAAGCCCGGUGUCGGCGUCUACUGCAUCGCCGAGCGGCAAACGAAGCAGAGAUCCCGAGGACGAGGUCUACCUCGACAACCUUCGCUCUCACAAGCGUUAUCUCAGCGAGAUAAUGGCGUUCAGCUUGAACGGACUAACAGUUGGAGAUCCACUUCACGAAAACAUCAUGGAGUCUCCGGCACGGUCGGAUAGCUUGCUCUAUCCCAGGGACGACUUAGCACUACAAUACUCGCCCAUGUCAGAAGACUCGGAAGAUGCGAGAUUUUGCGAGUACCCAACAAGCACUUGUUCAUCCCAACCCGAGAGUCGACCUACUAGCCCCGUUUCUCCAUACCGAUACCCGAGACCUCUCCCUGCAAAUUCACCGCAUCCGUCAUCACAUACAAGCACUACAGUUGCAUCCACUUCACAGCCUCGUCAAAGAGGCUCUGACACAGAAGGAAGGUUCCCUUCAUCGCCUAGCGAUAUCUGCCACUCAGGCGACCUGAGAAGAGCCGCUCUGUUGCGGUCUGUGCAAAUGAGGGCACAGCCUUCAGGCCAUGGCUCAGGUUCUGCACCGAAUAUGGAUGGGGAAGAUCGGUUGUGUUUCAAGCCACUGGAUGAUGAUCGGGACUACAGAGGAGAUGAUUUUUCUCACAGGGCUGUCUCUGAUGCCCAAUCUAAUAGAAGCAAGUCGCGUAAAGCUUUGGACAUGACUGUCAAAGGAGAUGAGCCCUUCGACUACUAAGUCCAGCGUAAAUUAUAUUAUGGAGGAGAAUUCUAUAUGUAAACAUCUACCCUCUUAAAUUUCAUUUUCCACAGCAAAUAAAUGGUGAAUGUUCAGAAAGUUGAAAGCUUUCGCCAUUUUA